AGCCUUUAGAGCUAAUUAGCUCAGCACACAACAAAGAUAAGUGAGCCUGGGAGGAGGGCCCCCUGAGGGGUCUUUAGAGUCUGGGAAAUGUCUGAUUGGCAGAUGUUAAAAGGGAUUCUUUAGUAAUCCUGUGCAUCAAUGAGCUGCACAAAUUCAGUCCAGGACUCCAAGAAUCCAGGCAUGAGGACACUGUGCAGCAGGCUCACACAGGCAGACCCAAGAUGGACAGAACCUUGGAAUCCCUGAGACACAUCAUUGCCCAAGUCCUGCCUCACAGAGACCCAGCUCUAGUCUUCAAAGACUUGAACGUUGUGUCGAUGUUGCAGGAAUUCUGGGAAAGCAAGCAGCAACAGAGGGCUGCGUUCCCCAGUGAAGGUGUGGUGGUGUAUGAGUCACUGCCAUCUCCUGGGCCUCCCUUUGUGAGUUAUGUGACCCUUCCAGGGGGGAGCUGUUUCGGCAACUUUCAGUGCUGCUUAAGUAGAGCCGAGGCCAGGCGGGAUGCAGCUAAGGUGGCCCUAAUCAACUCCCUGUUCAAUGAGCUGCCCUCUCGAAGGAUCACCAAGGAAUUCAUUAUGGAGAGCGUGCAGGAAGCAGUUGCCUCCACCAGCGGCACCUUGGACGACGCUGACGACCCCAGCACCAGCAUCGGCGCCUAUCACUACAUGCUGGAGUCCAAUAUGGGGAAGACCAUGCUGGAAUUUCAGGAGCUGAUGACCAUUUUCCAACUACUACACUGGAAUGGGAGCCUAAAAGCCCUUCGCGAAACAAAGUGUUCCCGACAGGAAGUUAUCUCCUACUAUUCCCAGUAUUCGCUGGAUGAAAAGAUGCGCAGCCACAUGGCCCUGGACUGGAUCAUGAAGGAGCGGGAGUCGCCAGGAAUUCUGUCUCAAGAGCUACGAAUGGCUCUGAGGGAGUUGGAGGAAGCCAGGAAAGCAGGACAAGAACUACGGUUUUACAAAGAGAAGAAAGAAAUCCUGAGUUUAGCUCUGACUCAGAUCUACAGCGAUCCUGACACUUCCUCACCCAGUGAUGACCAGCUGAGCCUCACGGCCCUCUGUGGCUAUCACUAGCAAGGCCAGGGUCCAAGUACCAGAGGCAGGCAGAGGCCAGACUCUAACAUCAGGAAGCUGAUUGAAGGAGGUUUACAGAGGCUUUAGCCCCUAUAGCUAAUACCUGAAGGCUGUACUAAUCCUCCCCACCCAUUCCAUUCACAGAAUCUGAGAGCAGUCAGGCCCUUUUAGGAGGCAGUGUUUUUCAUCACACUCACAAUAGUUCUACCUCAGAAGGAAAGGAUGGAGACAGGUAGUUUGAAAAAUAUUUGCGAGGGCUUGCUCCAACCUAAGGGCUGGUUGACAUGUGACUUGCUAGAUUAUAUAUGUUGUUUCAAAGAAUGGGUCAGGGUAGCAUCCCCCCAAAGAACAUCAGUGAGGACUAGGGGGGAAAGCAUGAUAGCAAUUUUCAUUAAAUAAAAAACAUGGAUUGGAAUGAAAUAAAAAUAUGGAUUGUUUAAAAAAAA